AUGGCUAUAGAAAAGGGUGGCCUUAGAUCUUCAUCGGUUACUCAAUUAGCUGGAAACAAAAGUCAAGAAACUGUUUCUGAUCUCAAGUCGAAAAUCCCAGAAAUUGGAAAUGGCACAUUCAGUACAGUGAUUCUUGCAACAUUUAAAAAGGAUCCGAACCCAGUACAUAAACAUCGUAGAAAGUACGCCAUUAAACAUCAUCUGUCUACAAGCCAUCACCGAAUUAUCAAAGAGUUAAAGUGCAUAACUGAGAUUGGCGGAAAAGAGAAUGUUGUCGGAAUCUACUGUACUAUCCGGCACAACGAAUCGGUAGCAUUUGUUAUGCCAUACUUGUCGCAUAAUAAAUUUUACGAUUUUUAUAACAAAAUGCCCUUAGAAGAUAUUCCCGCCAGCAAGUUAAGUCCGUUCUCCUGGAGAGCGGAAAACGUUGCAACACCACCGUCAUUAGGUGAAACCAGCCGCACACCACAAUACAGUACAAAUCGCAAACUGAAUGCCAAGUGUUAUUGCUAUGAAAAAACUCAAGAAAAGGAAGUUCAUGCUUCUCGUGCUGGAACUCCUGGCUACCGCUCACCGGAAGUAUUGAUGAAGUACCAAUCUACUGCAUUUGAUAUUUGGCCAGUAGGUGUAAUUUUAAUCUCGAUACUCUCGUCCGUUUAUCCCUUUUUCAAGGCACCCGAUGACUAUGUUGCACUUGCUGAGAUGGUUAUUUUUUUGCGCGAUAAAGCAAUUCGCAAGAAGGCCUUUCCUCUGGGACGGCUUCUAAGCUGGUCCUCCGAAUUGGAAACAAAAUACAUGACCGUAGAUGCCAACACGCUUGAGGUCUGUAAGAAUUUGGAGCAUUUAUAUUACAAUUGCUUACGCAAAGACUCACCUUAUGAGUCUAAGGAACCUCUAUGUAAUGAUAUUUUUGCGACAAGCGCCUACGAUUUGUUAUACAAAUUGUUAGAACUUAAUCCUUACAAACGUAUUUCAGCGGAGGAAGUAUUGCAGCAUCCUUUCUUUGAAGAAGUCGAUGAUAACCCAAAGUUGAAUUAG